UCUUCACUUCACUCAACCAAACCAACAACAACAACAACAACAACAAGAACACCAUGACCAUCUCAGCCAUCGCCGCCAGAAGAUUGGCAGCAGCACAGCAACAACAACAACAACAACAACAGCAUACAACCCCACAGCACUCAGCACCCCCAUCCCCACAAUCAGAACUACUAGAAGAAGAAGAACCAGAACCAGAACUAGAACUAGAAGAACCAGAACAACAACAGCAUCAACAAAAACAACAACCAAAGACUAGAUACUUCACAGCAGCAACCCCUCCUCAACCAGCCCCAUCCUCAAAGAGCCCUAAACGCAGACAUCAACCCACUCGCUCAGGCUUCAUCGAUCCCGAAUCCAUCUCAGAUUGGAAUCCGAUCAUCCAUGGAACCAACCAAAACUACCGAAAGACAGUCGAUCAAAACCAGAACCAGAUCUCCAUCAUCGGACUCAAGACCGGCCAGAACUUGAUUCCUCAUGGCACACUCCAACUCAGAAUCCUUCAUGGCCAAGUCGAACUCAUGGGCUCAGAGAUUGCUGCACCUACUCCAGAGCCCAUCAAUCUAUUCGCACCUCCGAGUCACCCCCUACCCAUCAUCACCCCCAAGUCCAGCAGCCUUCCAUCCAGCCGUUCGACCCCUCCCGACCAUCAUCUCCCAUUGGAUCCAACUAAAUUUGAUGCGAUCGUCGAGCUGCAGGAUUUAGAUUGUGGCAUUCAAGCCUUGGACGAGCUAUGGUCAUCCAACGGCAACAAACGUCCUAUCUGGUCAUCCCCAUCACCCAAUCCACCUCACUCCAUCCAUGGCCAGACUUGGUCGAUCGUCCUAUCCCCCACACCCGAUCUGGCUCGACUCAGGCUCCCAUCUAGCUGGGCAUCCACCCUAUCGAGCUUAUCAUCUAGAGAUGAAGUGAUCGAAGCAGGAAGAGCAGAGAUCUAUUUUAUCGAAGGUCCCAAGAGUACCGGUAAAUCAACCUUCUCAACUCUACUCAUCAACUCCCUCCUAAACUCUUUCAAAUCCGUCGCCCUCCUCGACCUCGAUCCUGGUCAACCCCUACUCACACCACCCACCCUGGUAUCACUUCACACCUUAAACUCACCCAUCCUCGGUCCCUCGUUCUGCAGACUGCUUUCACCACACCAACCUUCAUCACAUUCGAUCUACAUCGGACAUACCACCCCAAAGGAUUGUCCGACUAGGUAUACCGAAGCAUGCUUAGAGCUCUUCAACUUAUACACCAACCUGCAAUCGGAUCUCUCGACCUGCCUCUCAACCAAUAAACGUAGGCGUCGUGGCCGGAAUAAUCAGAUCGGAACCGACUCGGAUCAUCACUCCAAGCGAACCGACCAAAUACCCUUGGUGAUCAACACGAUGGGUUGGACCAGAGGACUUGGUCAAGACCUGCUCAAUCAACUUCUUCAAACCAUCCAACCAACUCAGAUAUUUAGCUUCAAUGAACGUCCAUUGGUAGCCGAUAUCGUUCCAUCUGAGAGACAUCUUACGCUCGAGCCCAUCGGCCCCACACCUCUAUCUCUGCGUCUUACCCCGGCGGAUUGUCGGGUCCUUGCAAUCGUUUCUUACAUGUAUUCAACUCCAUCACCACUUGGAAGCAUGUUUAUCAACCAGUGGGAGUUCCAGUACCCCUUAUGGGCUCGGCGACCGUUCGAGGUUCGACCGGAUCGCAUCCAAUUGCCCGAUCAUCCGGACUUCAAUCAAGAUCAUCUCGGACACGUCUUGAAUGGCGGACUGAUCGGCCUCGUCGAUCGCAGUCAAGGUUCAUGGAUCGGCUUCGGUCUCGUCCGGGCCAUCGACCCGAAUCGACGGACCAUCCAUCUCUUGACACCGGCAUAUCCGAUCGCCAAACAGAACAACCCGACCGAGUACGAGUUUGUCAAAUACUCCGAACCCGAGCUACCCUUGAUCUGUUCCUUGAGCGACGGUACCGUCCCCUACCUCGAGAAAGAAUCGCUAGGGAAUAGCGGUACAGCUCCACUCACCAUCGGCUCUGAAAAGAAAAGGGUCAGGAGGAACGUUCAAAGACGUUCUCAAAUCUCACGAUGAUCAAAAUUAUAUUAACUAACGAUGGAAAUUUCAUGGAUAAUCAAGUGCAAAGCAAAUAUACCUUUUUCUUUCUCCAUUUAUGUGCAUAAUUUCCUACUUGAUGAUCACUACAUUCUCAACCAUUGGUCAAUGACCAAAUCAGGGAAGAAAAAAAAAUGGGACUUGAGCACAAAGCUUUAUUCUAUCUUAUUUUGUCAUGACCAAGGGGAUGGGUGCUAGUCAGACGUGAAUAUCAAAAUUUAUGUGUAAGGAGCAGCUAGAAAAUUUUGUGUUCCUAGUUGAAAGCUAUUCAUGACACAUUUUCU